AGAAAAGUUAGCCUGAUAUCUAUAAAUGAUGGGAAAUGGCGUUGUGUUUGCCUGACUUGGGGAAAUCGAGCAGGGAACUGGACCUUAUACCUUGACGGUGCACGAAGAGCCUAUGGAAGCAAUGUAGGAACUGGACAGGCAAUAAGCGGAGGAGGAAGGCUGGUACUGGGUCAAGAACAGAAGAAUUCUAGUGCCCAGUUCUUCAACUCGACCAAGUCAUUCAUUGGCAACAUCUCGCAGUUUUUCAUACAGAAGAAAAUGUCGGCUAAGCGUCUAGUGAAGAAACUGUCGAGUGACUGUCAUGGCAACAUUGAAUUGGAUAAAAGUGUUGUCUUUUGGAGCGAAUUGCUAAAUAAAAUUCGGGGUCAAAUACAGAUUCAACGGAAUUCGACGUGCAAUGCUUCAGGUAUAGUAAAGGUAUUGUUAAAAUUCACACACAGAAAUUCCAUACUGAUGACGAGAGACGUGUCACUACCCAGACCCAGAUCUGGGUACUGCUCCUGAUUGGAUGAAACAAAUUUUCAACCAAUCAGAAACACUACCCAGAUCUCAUUGGUAUUUUAAUUCUGGGCUUGUUUCUCAGACAUCAUUUCACAGGGAAAUCAGUGAUGAUGGUGUCUUAAAAUGUCGGAUGUUAUCUCAGGCUAAUAAAAUACAGUGAAAAAUAAUAAAAGCAGCCACAAGGGUUAGUAACUCUCUGACUUUUCCUCCCCUAUUUUCUGUUAAAUGAACCCGCGCAUAGCAGAAAUCUGAGAGUCUCAAUGGGCAGGGUUGUUAAUAAGAUUUCAAGUUGCCGGGUAAAUACAACAAGUAGGCGGGGAAUCAAACAGCUAGGGAUUUCUUUUGGUUCUAUUUUUCCUCUAUUUUCCAAUAAAAGUACCUGGGGGCCACUCUUUUAGUAGCCGGGGAAAAUCCCCGGCCCCCAGCUCUUAAUGACAACCCUGCUCAAUGGGGUAGUGACCUGAACAGUUGACAGUUACAUUUUACAUUUACAUUUACCGUGUACUGCCUACCCCUCACAUUUGAGGAUUAUUGGCUGCGACAGUUGGUUUUUUGACGGCUAAUUUGUUUGCAAUUUUGAUGGUUAACAGUUAGAUUUUACAGGUUUUGACUGUUGACGGUUAUCAGGUAAAAAUUUAGUCCCAAGAGCAUGGCUAGAAAUUUUGGACAGGCAUGCGCUCUCGAGACAGCAUUUUGGCGUUACGUUGUGUCACAAAACGCCUCAAUGUUUAUAGGCUUUAAUGGCAGAAUAGAGUCGAAAAUAGAUACAAAAUCAAUCCUACCUCAAUAACUGAAUGUAAAAUCCAUUUCGUUCACUGCAAUUCUGCUAGCAAUCGAGGAAACCUAAAACUAUCCCAGAGAAUUGCACUUCUCCUGGUCGUAAUCGUUGAGGUAUUCAACCUUGAAGAUGCGAAGAAUUUCUGUAGGAGGCCCAUAUUAUGGCGGAAUGCUCAAAACGGUGAAUCCAGCUUGCGAUGAAGGCCUCCUUGUUCACGGCGACGUUGAAUCUGUUGAAGCCAAGCUCUGAGAAACGCUAAAGGACAUCUCUCAAUCUGUUUCUGUUGUGGUAUCCUUGUGUCUCAAACAAGCCAAAAUAGAGCAAGCCAUUCUCGGCUAAACCUCAAGAUCUUCGCUGUGCCAUAUCUUGGCUACAAUUCAUCCAAAUUUUCUCCAAAACCACUCGUUGAAAAGGUUGUUUCACGGACAGUUUAUUGCCGCCAUUUUUUGGGCAAUACUUUCAGUCAGCAGCUUCUGUUGGACCACAAACAUAUCUGAAUUUCACCACUCAAGGUGUUUCCUAAACCUACGAGCCCGGGAAACUCGCAAAAAUUCAGCGGAGUUGUCCAUUGCGUGACAGAUUGUAUAUGAAUGUCACGAAAUUCGACGUCCGUGAUUUCUGAUUUCUUGGUGAUCUCUAGCCAUGUUAGGUAAAAAUUAACUUCUCUAUAAAUCAAUAUGAACUGUUGUGUUUUGGAGGCUGUCUUUGCCUUUCACUUAUAUAAAAUGUCCAGAUAUUUUCAGAAAUAAGCAAGCUCUAAUUUUAGUAAGACUUGUAAAGCCUAGAAAAAUUCCUUUUUAGAACAUGGUAACUAGUUCUUCCAGUUUAGAGAUUCUUCAGGGGCCAGAUAGUGACGGCUGACGGUUAAAUUUUAGGCCAUUUGACAGCUGUCGGUCAACCCCAUUGGCACCCUCAAAUCUGCGAUCCAGCAGCGGAAGGUUGGCCUGCGAACAGCAGACGCAUUUUCGUUCGUCGCUUCUCUCCCUCCGAAAAGUGACGACCGGAAAUGUGUCUGCUGUUCGCAGGCUACUAGCCUGAGUAUCAGGUGUUUCUGGGGAAAAGGGAAAAGAUGGAAGCGAAAAACGGAGAGCUUUCUCUUCUCCUCCUCCUCCCCCUCCCCCAUCUAAAAUCUCCUCUCCCCACAGGCUACGGUAGGUAGAAUGAGUGGCGUGGGCGACUGGGUUCCGGCUGGGCUCCAUUUAAUCUUCGAUCAGGCUAUAGUUUUCAGUUUGUUUGUUUUGUUGUCGUUGUUGUUGUUUUUCUUUUGGAAGAAAGACACGAUAGGUUCCACCGUAAAACCUUCGGUGUGGUGCGGCCGGCCAUUCCCACCCAGUCGCCCGGGGUUCAAAUGCUCGCUCCGGUCAAGGUAGACUUUCAAAAAAGUCCUUCGUCCGAUUGAAACUCGUGAGGUCGACUCGUAGCAAGUCUAACGUCAAGGUAUCCCUCAGUUCAACUUCUGAGUCGAUCAUGAUUAUAACCGUAUUUCCGGUUAAGUUGGGGUUCUCACUCAAUUGGCCGGGGGAAGGUACUUCCCUAUAAGAGGCUAAUGGGGAUGUGCCGCUGGAUGGGGUCGCAUUUUUACGACUGGACUGCCUAUAAUGGGGUCGCAUUUUUGGUAGAGUUACUAAAAUGGGGUCGCACAUUUUCGGAUUUUUGGGGGUAAGACAGUUCUUUAUAUUUCCGGUUAGCAAACGUACCAGAAUGUUUGUACUGUAGACGACAAGUAAACUGUUCUUCCUUCAAUCUAAAAAAUGGGUCAAUUUGUAAAAAUAGAAAGUGACUAAGUUGGGAUCGCGAAUAUUACAUAUUUGCCCAAAAGUGACUGACAUGGGGUCUAUUACUGGCCACAGAAUAGACUAUAAUGGGGUAGGGGUUCUAAGAGGCCAGCGGCACAUACCCAGCAAAAAUUAACCCAAGUACACCCCCGGGUCAAUUGGUAGGUUUUAUUUAAAGCAUCCCUUUUUAAAAAAAUGAAUAAAUGAAUGAAUUAUUGGAAUUAAAUGAAUGGCUGGAUGGAUGGAUGAAUGAAUGGUGAUGUAUCAAAAGAUCAAUCAAUCUAUGAAUAGAUGGAUAGAUAAAUGGAUCGAUCGAUUUAUGAAUGGAUGGACAGAUAUUAUUAUAACUAACGAUCAUACACACAUUCCCAUUUACAAUUCCAGGCGAAGAAUCGAGAUUUGUCCUGAAUUUCCCAGCUCGUUCAACCAGCAACGCCGUUGUUCCACAAGCUUCAAUGCCAUCCAUGACCGCGGGAACAAUCUGCUGGUGGAUGAAGAACAAUUUGAAUAAUUACAAUCUUUUUUCUUAUGUCGCCCCCUCCGCUUCGAAUCCAGCACUGGAGAUUUACUUUGGCAUAUUUUGGAAAUUCCAGCUUGGUUUAAAAUCACCUAAGUACGUUACUAUCCAUAACUGUGGCAAAAUACAAUCAUUAUUGUUUGAGGUUAAAUAUGAAGCAGUAUAAAAACCAAACUUAAGUUACGAAUCGGGAUGGCCAGAACUUCAAGUUGCAAUGGUAAAACUAAUUCGUAACGUGCACCUGGGGUGACGCUGAUAGCUGCUGAUAGUUCAAAUUCACUUCAGUUUUAGCUAAUUUGGUGCCGUGCGCAAAAGUAGGUAUUGUAUGAAUUACGGUAUAUUUGGGAGUAAGAAAGCUCAGUAAAGGUGGGUUUUCAUUUUGGCGUAAUUUUUGCGCACGUAUUGUAAAUAGAAUAGAGGCAAUGUAUGAUGUUUCGCGCUAGUUCAAGAGGAAUGAGCAGUACUCGGGCCGAUACUCAGGGCUAUAAAAUAACUGAAAGUUGAAGGUAAUGCCACUGUCCUGCAAAAGGUUAAACCUUUGGCCCGGCUAUCUCCAGUAGAUGCAAAAACAGUGCCCUCAAUUAUUACUUGCGUAAUAAAAGUGGCUUUUAUUUUUUUGGAUAGGAACCCUGGAACAAACAAUUUGUGAAAGCUUAUUUACAGUUAUGAUAGUAAAGUUCCAAGAUCGUGCAUCCUCAUUUAAAUCAGUCUCAAGUAUAAUUGUACUUUAUUAUCCAGAAGCGAAAACCACAGCGAAAAUAUUCAGAGUAGUGCACAGUGAAAGUUUAAUUUCUAAACUACGUACAGUAGAACCAGUAGAACCUCCGAUAACGGCCACCUCUCGAGCUCUACAACGGCCACUUUCUACUGUCCUCAAGGUGGCCGUUGUAGAGAGGUUCAACUGUAUCGCCAUUGUGGACUCGGUUUGUAUUUUGUUCCAGACUUUCGUAUGAAGCACCAUUCAUCGGCGAUGAUUACUGGCAUCACUUAUGUGCGAUGUGGGAUACAGACACGACAGAGUGGAGCUUUUAUCUUGAUGGAGUGCACCAAAUUUCUCAAACGAAAGGACAUUUAAGUGGCUACAUAGUACAAGGGGGAGGGACGUUUCAUCUUGGACAGUUUGUGCAAAACGGAGCAUACAAAGUAGCUAAAGCUUACCAAGGCUUGAUAACUGGACUCAAUAUCUGGACGACGAGGCUCUCCUCGAGGACCGUAGCAGCGUUAGCCGAAGAGCCUGGUACAGAGAAAGGAGAUGCGCUUUCAUGGAGCAUGUUUAGACGGGGUAUAACAGGAGAUGUGCAGAUAUACAACGACUAUACCCUUGAAAUGACAGGUAUAUGUGCUAGGUCUAGCCUUCCACGCAGGCGUUUUUUAGGGGAGCUCGAAAUACGAGCUCCCCUAAAAACGCCUGCGUGGGAGCUCAAGGCUAUGCUAGGUCUGGAAAUGGUGGUGUUCUUGUCAAGGUUGAUGAUUAUCAAAAGAGCAGUUCAACCAAUGGCACCUUUAACGUUGUGUAACAUUAUUCGUCAAUUAUGAUCAAUUUUCGCUGUUUGAAAGAUUGCAGACGUAAAUCUUCCAAAUUGAAGCCAAGAGAUUUAAGACAAUGUUUAAAAAUGGAGAAAAUUUGUCGAGUGAAUAUUAAACUAAAUCAGGUAGUAAUCAGUAAAGAAUGAUGUAAAUUUCUAAAUAACAUGAAGAACGAAAUCGUAAUCUAUUUGAAAUAGAAUGGUUACUUUGUGAAAUACGGUACUUCACACCAUCAGAAGCACCGCGAAACAAUUAGCUUUUAAAAGCAACUGACAGAGAAAGUUUUAUCUACUGGUGUGUUCAUCGUUUUUGAACUGGACCUACAAAUUUGGCUAAAAUUUGGUGUUAUUUACUGCAUGAGUGGAUAAAGUGGACCCUGGGAAAGUGGAUUGGCCACCGUGGGAGGAUUAUGAAGCUGACCUUUCGAGCGCUAGCCAUUCGUCAAAUGUGUGCCUAGUACAAAAAUAUACCCUAGUCUUUGAUUGAAUGUGAGGCUGAGCCAGUUGACCAUCCCUUGAUACAAACCUCCUUGCUCUUUUUAUAGAAAUGAUAUCACGACAUGAUUUACGUAAUAAAGUAGGAAGGCUGUAUCAAAACAAUUGAACUCCAACUUUGCUUCAACCAGCCGCAGGAAAUGUUUUCGCCACUUUAGAACGAGAGGGAACCUGGGCCAAGUUAGAUUUUGCAAAGACUUCUGGGAACGAUCUGGCCAAUUUUCUUUUCCCUGUCUCCAGUAGUAGUCCUAGAAUUCUUUGCAAAAGUUACCUUUACCCAGUUUCUCCUCGUUUCUUAAGUGGCGAAAUAGCCGCUUGGGCUGGGCAAGAGAGAUUCUCUUGUGGGCUGAGCUGGGUAGGUCUGCGGCUUUGUGUGCUAGGCUGACCUAGAAGUGACUGAACUUGUUUGGCUUUUCUCUUCUGGUCAAAUCGUUCAUAUUUUUAAGAGGUAUGGUUCAAAUAUGAAUUAAUUAAAUAACUCUCAGUUAUGAAGGGACUAUAAGAUUCCCAUCUACGCGUCCUGCCCCUAGCCCAAGGUUACCACCACUCAAACUCUUCCUUACUGAGCAAAACGUUGGAUGAGAGAGCGGUCAUGUAGCAGCUCUCCUAAAUUACUGUGAGGUGGACAAUUUAUUGAUCAAAUGGAUUGACUGUAUUCCUAUUUUGUUGCAGCCAGGGAAAGUGAUUACACUCUUCGCUUUCCCGGAUUCUCAAACAACUCAGCCUACGUUAAGUAUAAUUACGACUACGCGUAUGUAAUUACUUCCCUCAGCGCAUGUGCCUGGUUUAAGACAACAGCUUCCGCUAAUGAAAUGACCCUUUUGUCGUACGCAACUAGUCAGCAUUUGUCAGCUAUUCAGUGGUCCAUUAUUAACGGGACAACCAUUCUGAUGAAUAUCAAUUCUUGGAAUCCCAGGUAAAAGCCCGGGGGGGGGGGGGUACUGCCAUUUAUGGGCUAUACAGGUAUGUGCCGCUGUGAAGGAUAUGGUUUUCAAGCAGUUUACUCUAGGAUAGGGUAUAUAAAUCAGAGCAUUUGGCUCUAGAAUAGGGUAUCAUUUUUCAGGAAACUGAUCAGUUGGUUGAAGAUUUUAUCUAGACUAGGUACACAGCUACUCUAGGAUAGGGGGGAUUUGGGGAGUUUACUCUAGUAUAGGGUAGCAAAAUUCAGCUGAACUAGCUCAGGUAAAGGUUAAGGGUUCCAGGCUCCCAGCGGCACAUCCCCACCCAGAAAUUCCUAAAGUACCCCCCCCGCCCCCGGGGUAAAAGACUUUCAAAUCAUCCAAUACAACAUUACCUUCCUUAUAUUAGUUUGUAAAAUACAAGUAACUCUUCUCAUCGCAUAGGACAAUUCAUAAUUAAGCCCAAAUGGAUCUUUAAAGAACCAUUUUGAACGACUCCAUGGUCGUGUUCGAACACUUUUUCGGCCGUUUUUGGUUGAAAGGCGAUUGUGACUGGUUAGAGUGAUGCAUUUUCAGAUGGAUUUCUCUGGAUCUGCUACCAAGGUUGGGUACAUAGCGAAAGGAAGAAUGAUAGCUGCAGUUCCUCUUCAACAACUGGUGUCAAAACGUUUCAGUCUUACCUACGACCAGGCGAUGACUAUAAGUGCCUGUUUACAUGGAGGUGGGGGACCCCUGGUAGGUGAGGUAACCCGCUUAGGUGGGGCGACCCGCCUGUCCAUACAAUCACUUAUUUUUAUUUGAUCACGUUUACAUGAUAGGUGACUAUAUGAAAGAUUUCAUGGAAAGGCGAAUUACCUCACCUAAGUAGGUUACCUCACCUACCUGGGAUCCCCCACCUCCAUGUAAACAGGCGCUAAGAAUAUGUAGCGGAACUUUUGUCGGAAACGGAGACUGGACGUUGCAAAUUUUUUUUCCAUUUACCCCGAAUGUGCCCGAUGUCCUCUUUUUUAAUAUCUCCCAUUUCCUAUUCCUCUUCCUUUUUUUUAAUCAUGAGCGCUAUUGGGUUCCGAACCCCAAAGCACAAGCUCCUGAAUAGACCGUUUAUAUGAAAUUAUACCAUGUUUAUUCUUUGACUUUGUAGUUUAAAAAAUUUUAAACUUUCCCUAUUAAAUACAUAUAAUAUCUUACGUAUGUUUGUUAGUUCUGUAGAAGUCAACAGCAUUCUGAAUGAUGGCAAAUGGCAUCACGUGUGUAUUAGUUGGAGGUCCGUGGGAGGUUCGGUGUGGGUGUAUGUCGAUCAACGCCUGGAUAACACAGGGUCUGCGUACAAAACAGGAGAAUAUAUCGGGCGUAUAGGAACUUUUAUGAUUGGACAGGUUCAAACUUCAGUUGGUAGGUCUCGUAGGAAACGUCUAGAUUCUUUUGCCUACAAUGAAGUUAAGAUUGCUUUCAGCCUCGUACCCAGGCUGAGUUCGCGCUAUCCCGACAAGACAGCUGACGUCACAUCCGAUAUCACCGUUAUCUCGUACCCAGAUCUCACUCCCAGUUCUUGGCCGUGGGAGAUCUGGUCACGAGAUUAAUAUCACCAGGGACAACUGAGAACGAGUCUGGAUUGCUUUAAUUAAUUGCGAAUUAUAGUUGCGGUUACACAGGACACUUUCCAUGGUAAAUGACCCUUUUACCGGGGAGAAUUGCUGAAGUGUGUGUGACCGGACUUUCCCGAGAUAAAUUUACCAUGGGAAACAUCCAUGGAUACCUCAAAAAGAAAAGAGAAACCUCCCAUGACAUUAAACGUGGUAUUAAGCUAGGAUGUUUCGAUACCCCAGGGCAAGAAAACCAAUCAGGAUUCUUCAUUGGACAACAACAUGAGAAAGCAAAGAAAGUUAUUUAUUUUAAGAGGUUUCUUUCGCCAUGUUUCGGAAAGAUCGAUGUUGACAUGGCAGUUUUUACUUUAUCUAAAGGUAAAUUUUAAGGCAAGAUUUCAGGUGAUUUUUUUGGCCAGAAGUAUACGUAGGAAAGAUAUUUACCAAAAAUAUGUUCUAUUCGUGACAGAUAUUCGAAAUGGGCUGAAGAUGGAAUCUAAGGCCUAGAUUUAAAAACAAAAAAUGGUAUAUACCUACGCAAAGUUAUCAGGACUAACGUACGGGAUGGAAUUUUGCUUACAUCAUACAUAAAUUUUCUCAGAACAUGAAAUCCUGCUAUGAUAGACGGCGAUUUGAUUGGCGCAAUAGGGUCGCAUCAGCGCGAAUGAAGCCAUAUAAGCGGCUAAUUUACCAUAUAAGUCGGCAUAAUUUACCUUGAUUAAUUGAUUUGCUCUUUUUUUUUUCAGUGGGAAAUGCCUUUCACCACAUCAUCUUACCAAAAUAAAACAAGAGGAAUGUCUUGUUUUAUCAUUUUCCUGAUUUUGACCGGCGUUUUUAAAACUUUCUCAAACUUUCUUCGAGAACAUCAUAAAGUGAGCUAGUAAAACCUCAUGACUCAGUGAGAUUAAGACUUGCCUGACGACAGAAGCAACAAGUAUUUUAAUCAAAAAUAUAGCCUGUGAACAGCCACCGACCUUCCCCUCAGAAAAAAUAGAAGAGUCGUCGAUGGUUCAUUAGACUACGAGCUCGAGCAGUCUCUCUUUUCUUCUUGGUCCAUCGAGCAAAACAAGCGAGACAAGCAAAUGACGACGCUCGUGACUCACGGCGCGAGACGUCCGCGCGCGCGUGCACCCCCCCCCCACCCCCACAAAAUAUGACGAAAAAGAGACUGCUCGCAGUCUAAUGGUUCACCGUUGCUAAUCUUCUGUGUAGACCACGUGAUUUUUCCCGGAUUGUGCGUAAAAUGAUUCUGAGGGGAGGCGACACCUGUAUCCAGGCUAUCGACGGAAAAUGGCUUUCAACCUAAAUAACCUAAAUCUUUUUUCAAUCGUAGGGAAUCUUUCAGUUACUAUCAUUUUACAAACGUUUUCUAACAUAUUUCAACACAGGGAUCCCAAGCUCGGAUACCACCAAGGCUUUUGUGGGUGAGAUAACACGACUGAACGUUUGGAAAAACAGAAUGGAGGUAACUGAACGAGCAAGGAUCUUGGGCAGAGGGUGCGGCUUUUGGAAUGGGAACGUUCUACCCUGGUGUGAACUGAAAUCCAAUCUAUUUGGAAAUGUAAACCUUAUCCCCAACUCCGAGUGUUUUAUUCCAGGUUAGUUUACAUUGGCACUUUUUCUGUUACAGUGUCUUUCCGAAAGGUGGUCGCAUACUUACUGGUACCAUUACUUGAAAUUGACUCAGUGAUUCUCUGUUACUACACACGCUUAACCUAAACGGUACAGCAAGCAACCCCAUCGUUUUUAUGGAUGAAUUCCCCCUGAGAGGGAAAGAGACACAUGAUUCGUUUAAAGUCGUCUAUUAUCAUUUGUACGCGCGGUUGCGGAUCGCAACCUCGUCCCAGGGCUUUUCCCUUAAACAAAUGGAGGUGAAAAGCCUGGGGAGGGGGUUACGCGGAUCGGUCACCUUUCCUUUGUGCUUCCCGCGUUAGUAUUUUUUAAAACGAAAGAUAAAAGAAGCCAACAUGAGAUGACUCAGCGAUGUAUAAUCAGUUUCCUUAGUGUGUUUUUUACAUUUUGGUCAAUUGGCUUGGCUGUUGUAGUGACAGGGAAAAGGUUAAUUAAUAAAUUGCAGUCAAGGCAAGUCAAACUUCCCCGGUACGCUAGACCCAUGGAACUAGCUGCGUUGUUGAUAACGGACAUUAAAUCGAGUUCAGAAAAAAGCUGAGUCAAGAGCUUACAAAAAUUUUAGCACCCCGCGUGUGAAUUCACUACUCUUGAUGAGUAUGCUGAGAAUGUAGGAUUCAAUUUUCGAGAGAUUAAUUCAGUGAUAAAAUCAAGGGAGAUAAUGACCCACUAUCCUUUCUUGUUAAAAUCUACGGGGGCGGGUACGCUUGUAUAACACGCAAGAACUUAAUAGACAAGAUUCACGUUCUCGUGAGCCUUAAUUCCCAACCUCAUAUCCCCCCGCCCCCGUACUCAAACACAAGCCUUGCGCCGGAAGCUAUAGUUGUACUUACACUAGGGACCUUAAGCAACGGCAACGACCACGGCAGUGAAAACAUCACUUAAAAAAUGAAUUUGCGUCCUUUUUAACUUUAUCGCGUCCAUUUGGGACCGCUGAACUCGUCAAAUGUGGGCGAUUUUUCCUGGAGUUGACUGAUUCUUAAGGGCUUUAUCCAUGUUCAAAUAGAAAAGGGAAGAUUUGUCAUAGUAUGUCCACGUCCUCCAUAAAACAUCGCAUUGGGUGGUUUCACGUCGUAGUCGUGCAGUGGACGUCAAAGAAAUGUACUAAAGAGCGUGAUGCACGUGCAGAGCAGUUGUUUUGCUCAUAAAAGCAAUUGUUUUUUGACGUUGUUGUUGUUGUUGUCGUCGUCUUUGCUUAAGGUCCCUAUUAUCAACUUUUUUCCUCCUCGUUUAGACGUUAUUGUACAAGAACGACGCAACGAAAUGUGUCAAAACAGGAUCACACCCGGCCUUCACUGCCAUGGCCAAAAAAUCUACUCAAUAUUUGAUUCUGAUAAUCAGUUAAAUGGUGGAAAGCGUCUGCGGUGUUACGUGGAGGACGCCCUGACAAGCAGUGAAUUACAUUACUUUAAAAUAUACGACACAGCGGGAGACUCAACGUGCUUCCAGGACUUGGUACAAGAGCUUCUUAAUAUAACACGAUGA